AAAAACGUUUAGCAUUAUUUAUGAAUAGUCAGAAUGUGAGAAGACACCUCGGCUGGAAUUAUUUCAGCUGCAUUUCUGUGCUACAUUUGAGGUGUCUUCCAUUGGCGAUGCUGCGUCUGCGGACCUUUAUAUUUUAGGCUGGCUGGCUGUGUAGCAGUCUAUUCGUGCAAUGCACCGCUCAAAACAUCUCACAAUUAUUUGUCCUACACAUGGAGGAUCAAAGCUGCACAGAGAAUGCUUAAACAUGGGAUAGGCCUAUGCGUUUUAUGUGGUCAGUAUUUAUCUGCUAUGAUUUUAAAGACCGCGGUCAGAGACAGACAGCGGCUCAAUACGCAGUACUCCUCAAUCGCGUCAUAGCCCACUUCUGCUGGAUGCAAAGAAAGACAGACUUGAGAUAGCCUUCUGACUCUUUAAAUAUUUCAGACUAUGGACUCUUCAAAACUGAAGAUAUGCUAGUCUCUUUGUCUAACAUCUUCUAUGCAUGAUCUUCUAACAAUACAUUUUAAACAGAGAAGUCACGGAUGAGAGCCCAUGACCAGGCUCCAAAAUUACUCUGCACGAGGACGCAGCCUAAAAAUUGCUCCAAUGCGAAAUGGUAGGUGGUUAAAGCUUAUUAGUGAAAUGUUGUAAUUAGUCUACGUUAUGUUAAAAUAUGAGCAAUCGAAAUCUGAAAUAGAGCCUAUGUUUCAGUUUUGUUUCUCUGUCCAGCAGAUAGUAGCCUAGCCUAUCAAUGCGCACACUGAGUUCAUAGCAAUUAUCUACUGUUGAUUUGCAGCACCAGCUUCUCCAGGUGGAAUGUCGCCUAAUGUAUAUAUAUUUAAAAAAUGCCUUCAUCAACACAAAUCUACAUUGAACCUUAUUGCGCAUCGCAACGAGGAGGACUCUUGAAUUUGUCCUGAAUCAUUCCAAAAACACUGCUAUUUGGAUCCCGGACAUCAACAACUUUAAUGGCUUUUGUGUUCAGAAGAUGGAGAGUGUUAUUGGUGUUGAACGUGAUUGCGGUUGCGGGGUUCAUGACACUUUGGACCAAGUGCACCCACACCCGAGUGACAAAAACCAUCGGUCAGGACGAUGUGAAAAGACAAUCACGCUCUAACGGCACGGCUCAAGGUUUGAGCAUCAGUCAUGAAGUAUUACUAAAGAGACUCGGGUCAUUGGAGGACGUGGUCUACAGACAGCUUAAUGGUAGGCUAUGACUCUAGCACUCUAGCCUACCCACUUAAAAACAAUGACUAUGGCUCAUUGGUUACUUUUUAUUUGCUGUCACUCAAAAUCUACCAUGAUUGCUGUUAUUUACAUAGGCUGAGGCUUAGGAUCCAUCCCAAAUGGCACUCUAUAAUUAGUGUACUACUACUUUUGACCAGGGCCCACGGGGUAGUGCACUAUAUAGGGGAUAGGGUGCCAUUUGGGACAUACAGUGAGGGAAAAAAGUAUUUGAUCCCCUGCUGAUUUUGUAUGUUUGCCCACUGACAAAGAAAUUAUCAGUCUAUAAUUUUAAUGGUAGAUUUAUUUGAACAGUGAGAGACAGAAUAACAACAAAAAAAUGCAGAAAAACGCAUGUCAAAAAAGUUAGGAAUUGAUUUGCAUUUUAAUGAGGGAAAUAAGUAUUUGACCCCUCUGCAAAACAUGACUUAGUACUUGGUGGCAAAACCCUUGUUAGCAAUCACAGAGGUCAGACGUUUAUUGUAGUUGGCCACCAGGUUUGCACACAUCUCAAGAGGGAUUUUGUCCCACUCCUCUUUGCAGAUCUUCUCCAAGUCAUUAAGGUUUCGAGGCUGACAUUUGGCAACUCGAACCUUCAGCUUCCUCCACAGAUUUUCUAUGGGAUUAAGGUCUGGAGACUGGCUAGGCCACUCCAGGACCUUAAUGUGCUUCUUCUUGAGCCAUUGUCAUGUUGGAAUACCCAUCCACGACCCAUUUUCAAUGCCCUGGCUGAGGGAAGGAGGUUCUCACCCAAGAUUUGACGGUACAUGGCCCCGUCCAUCGUCCCUUUGAUGCGGUGAAGUUGUCCUGUCCCCUUAGCAGAAAAACACCCACAAAGCAUAAUAUUUCCACCUCCAUGUUUGACGGUGGAGAUGGUGUUCUUGGGGUCAUAGGCAGCAUUCCUUCUCCUCCAAACACAGCGAGUUGAGUUGAGGCCAAAGAGCUCGAUUUUGGUCUCAUCUGACCACAACACUUUCACCCAGUUCUCCUCUGAAUCAUUCAGAUGUUCAUUGGCAAACUUCUGACGGGCAUGUAUAUAUGCUUUCUUGAGCAGGGGGAUCUUGCGGGCGCUGCAGGAUUUCAGUCCUUCACGGCGUAGUGUGUUACCAAUUGUUUUCUUGGUGACUAUGGUCCCAGCUACCUUGAGAUCAUUGACAAGAUCCUCCCGUGUAGUUAUGGGCUGAUUCCUCACCGCUCUCAUGAUCAUUGCAACUCCACAAGGUGAGAUCUUGCAUGGAGCCCCAGGCCGAGGGAGAUUGACAGGUCUUUUGUGUUUUUUCCAUUUGCGAAUAAUCACACCAACUGUUGUCACCUUCUCACCAAACUGCUUGGCGAUGGUCUUGUAGCCCAUUCCAGCCUUGUGUAGGUCUACAAUCUUGUCCCUGACAACCUUGGAGAGCUCUUUGGUCUUGGCCAUGGUGGAGAGUUUGGAAUCUGAUUGAUUGAUUGCUUCUGUGUACAGGUGUCUUUUAUACAGGUAACAAACUGAGAUUAGGAGCACUCCCUUUAAGAGUGUGCUCCUAAUCUCAGCUCGUUACCUGUAUAAAAUACACCUGGAAGCCAGACAUCUUUCUGAUUGAGAGGGGGUCAAAUACUUAUUUCCCUCAUUAAAAUGCAAAUCAAUUUAUAACAUUUUUGACAUGCGUUUUUCUGGAUUUUUUUGUUGUUAUUCUGUCUCUCACUGUUCAAAUAUACCUACCAUUAAAAUUAUAGACUGAUAAUUUCUUUGUCAGUGGGCAAACGUACAAAAUCAGCAGGGGAUCAAAUACUUUUUUCCCUCACUGUAGGUUUAGUAUACAGCUACCUCCUUUGUUAAAAGUAAAUGUGUUAUAGCAUAGUGACCUUUUCUUGACUGUGUGAACUCCAGGUCUGUCCAAGUCCCUGGGGCUGAUCGAGGGUUUCGGGGGGCGAGGUAAAGGGGGUCUCCCCGCCACCCUAGCCCCAAAAGAAGAGGCCGACGCCAAAGUACUGAGGGAGAAGUAUGGAUACAAUGCUUACCUCAGCCAAAAGAUAUCACUGGAUCGGUCCAUACCAGACUACCGGCCCAGCAAGUAAGUUUUAGGCACCCUAUAGUGCACUCUUUUUGGCCCGUAAUGGCAUUCUAUUCCUUAUAAAGUGCAGCAUUACUUUUGACCAGGGCCACUCUUACUGUAGCUCAGAUGACGACCAUUUUUCAGGACAAUAGACCCGCUACAAUUUUCAUGUGCUUUUAUCUUUUUCCAAAGACCAAUCCAGGCUUUGACAUAGGAUUGUGUCAAAACAUCACGUUUGGGUUUGUAAGCUGCAAGUUGCAAGCAUUAGUCUGUGUGUGUGUGUGUGGGUGCACUUUGUAUUAGUUGAUACCCAUAUCAGGAUCUCAGCCAAAUCUUGGGUUCAUGCUCUAAUCAGAAGUCAUAAACAUGGUAGUGUAUACUUUGCGUUGUUAGUUGUUUCGCUGCUACUGGGUUGUUGCCAUGGUCGGAGAGACUAAUGAUUAAAGCUAUGACAGCAGAUGUUAUUGUUUUGGGCACCACUUAGCUUUGUGGUUAAAAAUACAAUAUUCUUAAAACCAUCUAGUAAUAUCUCUGUAGCCUAAUCCCGCUUUCUUUGUUGUGCUUUUUUUAGUGUUAUUUAUUGAUGAAGUUGCAGUCUAAUGCGGCAAUUGACACGUGCACGCACGCUAGAUGCACACACACACACACACACACACACACACACACACACACACACACACACACACACACACACACACACAGUCUUGUACAACUAACCUUGUGGGGACACACAAUUCAGUCCCAUUCAAAAUCCUAUUAACCCUAAACCUAACCCUUACCCUUACCCUAACCCUAAACGUAUCCCAAUAAUCUAACCUUAACCCUAACCCUAAACCUAACCCUAGCUCCUAACCCAAACCCUAAAACUAACCCUAGCUCCUAACCCUAACCGUUAACGUAAUUCUAACACUAAUUCUAACCUUAACCCUAAACCCCCUAGAAAUAGCAUUUGACCUCGUGGGGACCAACAAAAUGUCCCCAGUUGGUCAAAUUUUUGUUCGUUUACUAUUCUUGUUUGGACUUCUGGUCCCCACAAGAAUAGUUAAACACGUCCACACACACACACACCCAUACACACACACACACACACACACACACACAUACACACAUACACACACACAGUGGUGGAAAAAGUACCCAAUUGUCAUACUUGAGUAAAAGUAAAGAUACCUUAAUAGAAAAUUACUCAAGUAAAAGUGAAAGUCACCCAGUAAAAUACUACUUGAGUAAAAGUCUAAAAGUAUUGGGUUUUAAAUAUACUUAAGUGUAAAAAGUAAAUAUAAUUUCUAAAAUAUACCUAAGUAUCAAAAGUAAACAUAAAAGUAUAAAUAAUUUCAAAUUUCUUAUAUUAGGCAAACCAGAUGGCACCAUUUGAUUUUUGAUUUUUGAUUUACAGUGCCUUGCAAAAGUAUUCAUCCCCCUUGGCAUUUUUCCUAUUUUGUUGCUGUCACGCCCUGACCUUAGAGAUCACCUGUAUUCUCUGUUUGGUUAGGUCAGGGUGUGAUUUGGAUAGAAUCUAGUUUAUUCUAUUUCUAUGUUGGCCGGGUGUGGUUCCCAAUCAGAGGCAGCUGUCGAUCGUUGUCUCUGAUUGGGGAUCAUACUUAGGCAGCCAUUUUGCCUACCUUUAGUUGUGGGAUCUUGUUUUUGAUUCGGUUUCUGUUUAGGCUUGUUGCUGUUAGCGUUUAGAACUUCACGUUCAGUUGCUUUUGUUAUUUUGUCAAGUGUUUAUUUAAAUAAUUAAACAUGUACGCAUACCACGCUGCACCUUGGUCCGAUCCUUUAUACAACGAACGUGACAGUUGCAUUACAACCUGUAAUUUAAAUAGAUUUUUAUUUGGAUUUCAUGUAAUGGACAUACACAAAAUAGUCCAAAUUGGUCAAGUGAAAUUAAAAUAAUAACUUGUUAAAAUAAAUUAUACAAAAUAAAUAACAGAAAAGUGGUGCGUGCAUAUGUAUUCAUCCCCUUUGCUAUGAAGCCCCUAAAUAAGAUCUGGUGCAACCAAUUACCUUCAGAAGUCACAUAAUUAGUUAGAUUGCACACAGGUGGACUUUAUUUAAGUGUCACAUGAUCUCAGUAUAUAUACACCCGUUCUGAAAGGCCCCAGAGUCUGCAACACCACUAAGCAAGGGGAACCACCAAGCAAGCGGCACCAUGAAGACCAAGGAGCUCUCCAAACAGUUAAGGGACAAAGUUGUGGAGAAGUACAGAUCAGGGUUGGUUUAUAAAAAAAUAUCCGAAACUUUGAACAUCCCACGGAGCACCAUUAAAUCCAUUAUUAAAAAAUGGAAAGAAUAUGGCACCACAACAAAUCUGUCAAGAGAGGGCCGCCCACCAAAACUCACGCACCAGGCAAGGAGGACAUUAAUCAGAGAGACAACAAAGAGGCCAAAGAUAACCCUGAAGGAGCUGCAGAGCUCCACAGCGGAGAUUGGAGUAUCUGUCCAUAGGACCACUUUAAGCUGUACACUCCACAGAGCUGGGCUUUACGGAAGAGUGGCCAGAAAAAAGCCAUUGCUUAAAGAAAAAAAGAAGCAAACACGUUUGGUGUUCGCCAAAAGGCACGUGGGAGACACCCCAAACAUAUGGAAGAAGGUACUCUGGUCAGAUGAGACUAAAAUUGAUAUUUUUGGCCAUCAAGAAAAACGCUAUGUCUGGCGCAAACCCAACACCUCUCAUUACCCCGAGAACACCAUCCCCACAAUGAAGCAUGGUGGUGGCAGCAUCAUGCUGUGGGGAUGUUUUUCAUCAGCAGGGACUGGGAAACUGGUCAGAAUUGAAAGAAUUAUGGAUGGCGCUAAAUACAAGGAAAUUCUUGAGGGAAACCUGUUUCAGUCUUCCAGAGAUUUGAGACACCUUCCAGCAGGACAAUGACCCUAAGUAUACUGCUAAAGCAACACUCGAGUGGUUUAAGGGGAAACAUUUAAAUGUCUUGGAAUGGCCUAGUCAAAGCCCAAACCUCAAUCCAAUUGAGAAUCUGUGGUAUGACUUAAAGAUUGCUGUACACCAGCGGAACCCAUCCAACUUGAAGGAGCUGGAGCAGUUUUGCCUUGAAGAAUGGGCAAAAAUCCCAGUGGCUAGAUGUGCCAAGCUUAUAAAGACAUACCCCAAGAGACUUGCAGCUGUAAUUGCUGCAAAAGGUGUCUCUACAAAGUAUUGACUUUGGGGGGGGGGAGGGGGGGGUGAAUAGUUAUGCACGCUCAUGUUUUCUGUUUUUUUUGUCUUAUUUCUUGUUUGUUUCAACAACAAAACAUUUUUGUGCAUCUUCAAAGUGAUAGGCAUGUUGUACAAACCCCCAACAAAUCCAGAUUGUAAGGCAACAGAAUAGGAAAAAUGCCAAGGGGGGUUAGAAAUGAAGCAUUUCUGUUUAGUGAGUCCGCUAGAUCAGAGGCAGUAGGGAUGACCAGGGAUGUUCUCUUGAUAACUGUGUGAAUUGGACCCUUGUCCUGUACUGCUAAGCAUUCAAAAUGUAACGAGUACUUUUGAGUGUCACGGAAAAUGUUUGAAGUAAAAGGUACAUUAUUUUCUUUAGGAAUGUAGUGAAGUAAAAGUAAAAGUGAUCAAAAAUAUAAAUAGUACAAUACAGAUACACAAAAUAACUACUUAAGUAGUAUUUAAAAUAAUUUUUACUUAAGUACUUUACACCACUGCACACACACGCGCGCGCACACACACACACACACACACACACACACACAUUAUGCUUGUGCGUGUACACCACCCAUCAGCACACAGAAAAUGUUUGAUUGAGUUGACUAAAAUCACCCAAUCCUUUCCUUACUUACCGGGAUGUACUGUAUCACAAUUCUUCGGGUGUAUCUCAGUCGAAAGUGACUGCUGACUGGCUCACGCUUGUUGACUUGCUCUCACCUGUCCAUUUCUUUAAAACCAGUGCAGAUGAGGGAAAGGCGAUAAGGGGAAGGAUAGAUACCUAUACACAGUCGAAGAGUAAAAACUCCAAAACAAAAGCCUCUUUGAACUAUUAGGACAUAGCCAGCCACAGAUUCCUCACUUCCUCUCAUUAAGGCUGGCUCUCGUUAUAACAAAAGCUACAAUAAAAAUAGGCCUCUUAUCUCCGUCUCCCACAGUGCACUUACUGUGAGCCUAGGGAGAGGGGGUGUGUGCAUGCGUGUUUUGAAAAAUGUGAUUGUGGGGAACAGAAAGAGGCACAUGGUUCUCAUUUUCAUUUGCAAACAAAAAUGUGUGAGCUCAUCAACAGGGAUCAUAAUGUACAGAAGAGACUUGGAGAAGAAGCAUCUUGCGUGGUGUUAAUAAACUUGGAAACCUACAUUAGAAUGUUGGGUAGUACUUUAUAUGAGCCCUCCGCCAUAAGGGUGGGCUACAUUAUAUUAUAUGCAUAUUAUUAUAUAGGGCUACUUAAUACAUUAGCUUUAUAUAGGAGGGUUCAAGUACCAUGUUACUGAACAUUGAAUGAUGGACUCACCGUUUGCGUUUAAUUAUAAUAUACAAGGAAGUAUUAGUGUUUGAUGUCAAUAGUGAUGAUAGCUAAUGAUGUGUGUGAAUGUCUCUCUCUCUGUGUGUGUGUGUGUGUGUGUCUGCAUAUGUCUUUGUACGUGAGUGUGUGUGUGGUCUCCAGGUGUAAAAAGGCCAGCUUCCCCAGGGAACUUCCAAACAUCUCCCUUAUCUUUAUCUUUGUCAACGAGGCGUUGUCAGUAAUCCUCCGCUCAGUCCACUCAGCUGUCAAUCACACACCGGCUCACCUCCUCAAAGAGAUCAUCUUGGUGGACGACUACAGCGAUGACGGUGAGGAGAAAUACACAUGCACACACACACACACACUGCCACACACGCCGACACAUAGACACACACACACACUCACACUCAUAUCUGGAAGUGCAUUUUGGUGAAGAAAUGGUAUGAGAACACACACACACAUCCAAUAUACAUUGAUGCAUAUUCAUAUGAUAUUUAAUUGAAUUCUAUUCUAUUCUAUGCUUUAUAAAGACAUCCUUGUCCAACAUGCUGUUUUGCUGCACGGACAGGACAGUCAGAUCAAGGCAAGACAAAAUCCAUCCAAGGAGAGGGACAGGAAGGGAGGAGAGGGAGAGUUGUGAAGAGAUUAAGCAGUGGGCAGAGAGAGGUGGUUAGAGAGAGGAAGACAAAGACAAUGAAAGGUGCAUAUAGAAAUGAAGGGAGAGAUGUGGGUAGAAGGAGAGAGUGAAAGGGUGGAAGUGAGUUUAGUAGAGGUGAGGGGCAGAGAGGGAAAGAGAAAAAGGAGAGAGAGGCGGUUCAAUUUCCCCUAUGUUCCUGGCACGGCAGGACGGCAGAGGGCAGCAAUCCAUCAUGGAGGGGGAAAAAUAAGCUAUUGCAGUGGUUGAGAUGGAGAUGCAUGCAAACAAAUAACACACACCCUCUAACUCUUCUCCUGUCAGCCACACAUGCACUGCACAUCCGCCAGCACAUUUAGAAGGGUGCAAUUCGGGGAAUUCCUGCAUUUGGGCAUUCCUGCAUCUGCAGGAACCCCUUUUUAUACUUCUAUUUGUAAGUGUUUAAGGCGGGGGUGACACUGUGUGCUAGCUAACUAGCAAGAUAGCACGCAGUGUCACUAACUCACAAGCUAGCUAGUUAGCUAGCAUGCGGUCCCCCCCAUCCUCCCACCUUCUGUGCUAGCGGUAGGCGGGGGGAGACUCCGGUAGACAGUGUCCUUGGCCCCCGCCUGUCAGGCACGGUUUUCUCAGCAGGCGGGAGGCUGGGCCGACACCGUGUGCUAGCUAACUAACAAGCUAGCUCACGGUGUCGCUCACAAGUUAGCUAGUUAGCUAGCGCAUGGUGUCGUCCCAGCCUCCUGCCUGUUGUGGGAGGCAGGGGCGACCGGUAGGACCCCCGGGUGUCAGGCACUGUUUUCCCGCAGUUCUGUUAAUGACAGUGAGGGCAUGUGUUCGACAGGCGGUAUCGUAGGACACUGUCUACCGGUGUCGCUCCUGCUAACUAGCAAGGAGGACUCCGGGAGGCGUGGGUGAAAACUCAGAUAAUACUUUUAUUUCCCUUUUGACCCAUAUUCAAAAGUGUCACAAGCAUGAAGAUGUCGUGCUGGUUCAUGCAGGAUCCAAUGGGCUGCAGUUGCACACUAUUGAGCACAUCCGCCAGUGUGUGUUUGUGUGAGGGAAGUGGGGGUUUUGAGAGCAUGUCCAGGGGGACAAAGCUGAUCAGUUGAGCGAGAGAUCAAAGGUAGAGCAGAAGCCAUAGCUCAGGAAGCACCCAACUCCCCCUGGUGUUGUUGUGAGACUGUUAGAAAGCACUGGAGCGCAUGAAAAUAGAUUCAUCUUCUCUCUCUCUCUCUCUCUCUCUCUCUCUCUCUCUCUCUCUCCUCUCUCUCUCUCUCUCUCUCUCUCUCUCUCUCUCUCUCUCUCUCUCUCUCUCUCUCUCUCUCUCUCUCUGUGUCUGUGUGUGUGUGUAUGUCUCUGUGUAUGCGUGUGUGCAUGUGUGUGUGUGCGUACAUGCAUGCUGGUGUGUGUGUGUGUGUGUGCUCACAUGCACUUGAGUGUUUUUCUGAAAGUGUUUGUGGGUGUGCCUCUGUGUGUGUCUGCAUGCAUAUGUUUGUCUGUGUGUGUAGCUUUGCUUAGUUGUAUUUGGUUGUGUGUCCUAGAGCAACUGAAAGGGCCGUUGGAGGAUUAUGUAAACAAGCGUUACCCAGGCCUGGUGAAAGUUGUGAGGAACCAGAAGCGUGAGGGACUGAUCCGUGCCCGCAUUGAGGGCUGGAAGGCAGCCAGUGGCGAGGUGACAGGCUUCUUCGAUGCCCACGUUGAGUUCACACCCUCCUGGUGAGUGUAUGUGUGGGUUUCAAGUUGAACUUUGAGUUGUUGGGAUCGAUGGUUUAACAAACUUUGACUUAAAGGGGGGGAUCAGAAGGAAUACUUGAAUUCAGCAGUUGGUCAAGCAGCAGUGUGAGAUUUUCCAGCUGAAGGAAUUUCAUACUACUACUAACCAUCUAGCCAUCUAGCAUACUGUAUUGCAUGACCAUAUUUGUAAUGAUAAUCUAAAGAAGUGAAUUGCCAUAAGCUUUUAUCAACUGACAGUAUUAAAAGUAGGCCUAGUAUUCAAGUACAGUCAUGGUUGGUAUGUUCCUUAUGUACAGUGGCUUGCGAAAGUAUUCACCCCCCUUGGCAUUUUUCCUAUUUUGUUGCCUUACAACCUGGAAUUAAAAUAGAUUUUUUGGGGGUUUGUAUCAUUUGAUUUACACAACAUGCCUACCACUUUGAAGAUGCAAAAUAUUUUUUCUUGUGAAACAAACAAGAAAUAAGACAAAAAAAACAGAAAAAACUUGAGCGUGCAUAACUAUUCACCCCCCCAACGUCAAUACUUUGUAGAGCCACCUUUUGCAGCAAGUACAGCUGCAAGUCUCUUGGGGUAUGUCUCUAUAAGCUUGGCACAUCUAGCCACCGGGAUUUUUGAAGGCAAAACUGUUCCAGCUCCUUCAAGUUGGAUGGGUUCCGCUGGUGUACAGCAAUCUUUAAGUCAUACCACAGAUUCUCAAUUGGAUUGAGGUCUGGGCUUUGACUAGACCAUUCCAAGACAUUUAAAUGUUUCCCCUUAAACCACUCAAGUGUUGCUUUAGCAGUAUGCUUAGGGUCAUUGUCCUGCUGGAAGGUGAACCUCCGUCCCAGUCUCAAAUCUCUGGAAGACAGAAACAGGAUUCCCUCAAGAAUGUCCCUGUAUUUAGUGCCAUCCAUCAUUCCUUCAAUUCUGACCAGUUUCCCAGUCCCUGCCGAUGAAAAACAUCACCACAGCAUGAUGCUGCCACCACCAUGCUCCACUGUAGGGAUGGUGUUCUCAGGGUGAUGAGAGGUGUUGGGUUUGCGCCAGACAUAGCGUUUUCCUUGAUGGCCAAAAAGCUCAAUUUUAGUCUUAUCUGACCAGAGCACCUUCUUCCAUAUGUUUGGGGAGUCUCCCACAUGGCUUUUGGUGAACACCAAACGUGUUUGCUUCUUUUUUUCUUUAAGCAAUGGCUUUUUUCUGGCCACUCUUCCGUAAAGCCCAGCUCUGUGGAGUGUACGGCUUAAAGUGGUCCUAUGGACAGAUACUCCAAUCUCCGCUGUGGAGCUUUGCAGCUCCUUCAGGGUUAUCUUUGGUCUCUUUGUUGCCUCUCUGAUUAAUGCCCUCCUUGCCUGGUCCGUGAGUUUUGGUGGGCGGCCCUCUCUUGGCAGGUUUGUUGUGGUGCCAUAUUCUUUCAAUUUUUUUAUAAUGGAUUUAAUGGUGCUCCGUGGGAUGUUCAAAGUUUCUGAUAUUGUUUUAUAACCCAACCCUGAUCUGUACUUCUCCACAACUUUGUCCCUGACCUGUUUGGAGAGCUCCUUGGUCUUCAUGGUGCCGCUUGCUUGGUGGUGCCCCUUGCUUAGUGGUGUUGCAGACUCUGGGGCCUUUCAGAAAAGGUAUAUAUAUACUGAGAUCAUGUGACAGAUCAUGUGACACUUAGAUUGCACACAGGUGGACUUUAUUUAACUAAUUAUGUGACUUCUGAAGGUAAUUGGUUGCACCAGAUCUUACUUAGGGGCUUCAUAGCAAAGUGGUUGAAUACACAUGCAUGCACCACUUUUCCGUUAUUCAUUUUUUAGAAUUCUUUGAAACAAGUUAUAUUUUUCAUUUCACCAAUUUGGACUAUUUUGUGUAUGUCCAUUACAUGAAAUCCAAAUAAAAAUCCAUUUAAAUUACAGGUUGUAAUGCAACAAAAUAGGAAAAAACGCCAAGGGGGAUGAAUACUUUUGCAAGGCACUGUAUACACUAGAGUUGACCAGGGCCCACGGAUACACAGAAGAACUACCCACUACACAGGGAACUGCUUCUCCCUAUGGAGUUGUAACCCUUUGAGCCGACUCAAAAAGAAUAACUUAUAAAUCCAACUCAGAAGAACUAGGGGGACUGACUUGGAGGCGUAGGGAGGAAGAGAGAGAAGGAGAGAGGAGAUCUUAAGAAACCUCCGGCCCCAUCUGUCUGUCUCUCUAUGUCAGGGCUGAGCCGGUUCUGACCAGAAUCAAAGAGGACCACAAGAGGAUCAUCCUGCCCUCCAUCGACAACAUCAAGCACGAGACGUUUGAGCUGGAGCGCUACGAGAACUCUGGCCAUGGCUACAACUGGGAGCUGUGGUGCAUGUACAUCAACCCCCCCAAACAGUGGUGGGAUGACGGGGACACCUCUGCACCCAUUAGGUAGGCUACACACAAACAGGCACGCAUAUGCACACACGCACAGGCACGCGUACACACACACACGGGCACGCAUACGCACACACACGGGCACACACACACACGGGCACACACCUGCACGCGCACACACACAACUAAAUAAACACUUGAAUUUAGAGAACCCCAUCGCCAAAAUAAGAAAAACAGAAUCCCCCUCUUUCCCCCCUCAGAACUCCUGCAAUGAUUGGUUGCUCCUUUGUGGUGAACCGGGACUACUUUGGGCACCUGGGGCUCCUGGACUCUGGCAUGGAUGUCUACGGAGGAGAGAACAUCGAACUGGGGAUCAAGGUUUGUGUGGCACCCAUUCUUCUGUGAAGGCUGAGCAUAAUUGGGCCCUGGUCACAAGUAGUGCACUAUAAAGGGAAUAGGGUACCAUUUGGGACGCAGUAACUGUAUGUUAGGGUGGUGAGAGGCAGGGUGACUAGUGUGUGAAUAUUGUAUUCUGUAUCCUGUAUUUGAUGUGUGUCUUGUCGUAUUUCAGCAAGUACGUAAUUGUGGUUCUAUGAGUAGAACUAAGCAUUGGGUUAUGUUUGUUUGUGUGUUUGUCUACUUGCCUUCUUAAUUAUUUGUGUUAAUCCUGCAGAACAUUUGUUGUGUGUGAAGGUAUAUGUUCUGUUCUCAUACUAUUUCUCCACCAACUACCAGGUGUGGCUGUGUGGGGGCAGUAUGGAGGUGCUGCCCUGCUCCAGAGUGGCUCACAUCGCCAGGAUGAAGAAGCCCUACCACAGCAACAUAGCCUCCAGCACGCGGCGUAAUGCCCUGCGUGUGGCCGAGGUCUGGAUGGACCAGUUUAAGUCCCAUGUCUACCUGGCCUGGAACAUCCCAAUGGAAGUGAGUUGCUCCAACAUAUUGAUUUAAAAAACAUACUGUUUUUUUUGGCAUAUGAAAAUGUGUGUUCAGAUUGAGCUCCAGGUCAGGGAGUUCCCGCUAUACACUGAUCUAUGAUCAGUUUUGCGUACAUAUGUUCAGAUAAAACGCCUAUUCCCCUACCUAGAUUUUCUCUAGUCUAUUUCAGUUUAUCUAUUCAUUAUCCUAACUACAUUAUACAGUAUAUGUACACCAUACAUUUAAUUGCUAAUGUUAUAUAUUUGUAAUUGUGUAUGCGUCUCAAAUGGCACCCCAUUCCCCAUAUAGUGCACUAUACAGUGGGGAAAAAAAGUAUUUAGUCAGCCACCAAUUGUGCAAGUUCUCCCACUUAAAAAGAUGAGAGAGGCCUGUAAUUUUCAUCAUAGGUACACGUCAACUAUGACAGACAAAAUGAGAAAAGAAAAUCCAGAAAAUCACAUUGUAGGAUUUUUAAUGAAUUUAUUAGCAAAUUAUGGUGGAAAAUAAGUAUUUGGUCAAUAACAAAAGUUUCUCAAUACUUUGUUAUAUACCCUUUGUUGGCAAUGACACAGGUCAAAUGUUUUCUGUAAGUCUUCACAAGGUUUUCACACACUGUUGCUGGUAUUUUGGCCCAUUCCUCCAUGCAGAUCUCCUCUAGAGCAGUGAUGUUUUGGGGCUGUCGCUGGGCAACACAGACUUUCAACUCCCUCCAAAGAUUUUCUAUGGGGUUGAGAUCUGGAGACUGGCUAGGCCACUCCAGGACCUUGAAAUGCUUCUUACGAAGCCACUCCUUCGUUGCCCGGGCGGUGUGUUUGGGAUCAUUGUCAUGCUGAAAGACCCAGCCACGUUUCAUCUUCAAUGCCCUUGCUGAUGGAAGGAGGUUUUCACUCAAAAUCUCACGAUACAUGGCCCCAUUCAUUCUUUCCUUUACACGGAUCAGUCGUCCUGGUCCCUUUGCAGAAAAACAGCCCCAAAGCAUGAUGUUUCCACCCCCAUGCUUCACAGUAGGUAUGGUGUUCUUUGGAUGCAACUCAGCAUUCUUUGUCCUCCAAACACGACGAGUUGAGUUUUUACCAAAAAGUUCUAUUUUGGUUUCAUCUGACCAUAUGACAUUCUCCCAAUCCUCUUCUGGAUCAUCCAAAUGCACUCUAGCAAACUUCAGACGGGCCUGGACAUAUACUGGCUUAAGCAGGGGGACACGUCUGGCACUGCAGGAUUUGAGUCCCUGGCGGCGUAGUGUGUUACUGAUGGUAGGCUUUGUUACUUUGGUCCCAGCUCUCUGCAGGUCAUUCACUAGGUCCCCCCGUGUGGUUCUGGGAUUUUUGCUCACCGUUCUUGUGAUCAUUUUGACCCCACGGGGUGAGAUCUUGCAUGGAGCCCCAGAUCGAGGGAGAUUAUCAGUGGUCUUGUAUGUCUUCCAUUUCCUAAUAAUUGCUCCCACAGUUGAUUUCUUCAAACCAAGCUGCUUACCUAUUGCAGAUUCAGUCUUCCCAGCCUGGUGCAGGUCUACAAUUUUGUUUCUGGUGUCCUUUGACAGCUCUUUGGUCUUGGCCAUAGUGGAGUUUGGAGUGUGACUGUUUGAGGUUGUGGACAGGUGUCUUUUAUACUGAUAACAAGUUCAAACAGGUGCCAUUAAUACAGGUAACGAGUGGAGGACAGAGGAGCCUCUUAAAGAAGAAGUUACAGGUCUGUGAGAGCCAGAAAUCUUGCUUGUUUGUAGGUGACCAAAUACUUAUUUUCCACCAUAAUUUGCAAAAAAUUCAUAAAAAAUCCUACAAUGUGAUUUUCUGGAAUUUCUUUUCUCAUUUUGUCUGUCAUAGUUGACGUGUACCUAUGAUAAAAAUUAUAACUUGCACAAUUGCUGGCUGACUAAAUACUUUUUUCCCCCACUGUAUUUGACCAGAGCCUUAUGGGGUUAGCCUCGUGAGCCACCCGGAAUUCUGUGCAGCUAACCAUUAUUGUAAGGUCGUGAGAAUAGGAUGGCUCGCGAGGCUACUUUGGGGUGCCAUUUGGGACACAAUCUGUAAUCAACCACUCCCUGUUCCAGAACCAUGGGAUAGACUAUGGGGACAUCUCUCAGAGGGUUGCAUUGAGGAAGUCUCUGCAAUGUAAGAACUUUGAGUGGUACCUGGACAACGUCUAUCCAGAGAUGAGGAGGUACAACAACACUCUCUUUUACGGGGAGGUGAGUCUGACUGGCGACAGGGCCUACACACAAAGUUUUACUAAACACUCAUCAAACAUGCUUUUAGCAGCCAAGUAGCUUUUUCCCCUCAUAAAAAGUUUCCCACCCGUUCUCUCUUUGUCUUUUUCUCUUUCUCUCUCUACCCCCUCCAUCUCUCUCUCCAUCUCUCUACUCUCUCUCUCUCUCUCUCUCUCUCUCUCUCUCUCUACCCCUCCACUCUUCUCUCUCGUCUUUCUCUCUCUACCCCCUCCAUCUCUCUCUCUCUCGCUCUCUCUCUCUCUCUCUCUCUCUCUCUCUCUCCCUGUAGAUUCGUAGUAGCAAAGCGACCCAUCUGUGUAUGGACCAGGGAGAGAAGGUGAACCACACGGCCACCCUGCACCCAUGUCACGGAAUGGGACCUCAGGUAACCUAUUAUACUAGGUAUAUGUCCCAAAAGUAGUGCACUAUAGGAAAUAGGGUGCUAUUUGGGACACAUUAUAGGUUCACCAGAGAGGUACUGUGCCUGCAAGCUGUGAGAGCAAAAUCUGCAGGGAAACGUUUUUAUACCAGAAUGUGUUUUUAUUCCAAAUUAAAUGUACAUUUACAUUACAUUUACGUCAUUUAGCAGACGCUCUUAUCCAGAGUGACUUACAAAUUGGUGCAUUCACCUUAUGAUAGCCAGUGGGACAACCACUUGACAAUUUAAAAAAAUAUAUUUUACUAAUUUUUUUAUUCUUAAUUUUUCGAGUAUAUUUAGAAUUUUCAUUUGUAUUAUAUAUAUAAUUUUUGUAUUUAAAAAAAUAUUUUUCAUUAAAUUGUUUAUUUAUUUGUACCUUUUUCUUUAGUAAAUUUUUUGUACCUUUUCUAUCUUUUAUUAUAAAAAUAAUUGUUUGUGUAUUUUGUAUUUUUGUAUAUUUUUGUAUUUUGUAUUUUUUUUUUUUUUAUGUGGUUCAUACACAAACAUGGACAAAACGUCAGCAAAACUACCAGAAUGUAGCCCUUUGCCCCUGUGACAUACAAAUGUAGCAGAUAUCAUGACUGGUUUUACAGUCAAAACAAAAUGUCUCAAAAUCAUAUUAUGUUAAUGCUUUUGAGUUUUUUUUAAAGAUCCACUUUGAAUGAGAGCGGAUGUGAUAUCAUAUCACAAAUCAUUUCAAAGAAUAGAAACAAACAACUUGCUCUCCAGGAAACGUAAUACAACAGACUUCACUGUCAAAAAAGAAUGUGUUAGCAUUCUUGGGAAAUACAAAUAUUUGAUCACUUUUUAUCAUUUAGCCAUGUACUACUGUAACCUAUCUCUGUGUGUUCCUCCCAGUUGAGGAGGACACACCUAGUUGUUGUUGAUAGCCCUUUACCAUCCACCGCUUACUUCAUUUUGUCUCCCUGUGUCUCUCUCCCACCAUUCGGAACACCAAAGAGGGCCAGUUCUUCCUGGGUGCUCUGGCCAGUACAGGGGAGAACACAUAUAGUUGUUGUUGAUAGCCCUUGAACAGCCAUUCACAGUAGAGUAUCCCUGUCCCUUCCAGUUGGGUCGGUACACCAAGGAGGGCCAGUUUUUCCUGGGUGCUCUGGGCAGUACAGGGGAGGAAACACGCUGUCUGAUGGACGACCAGGUCUCCAAUUUCCCUCAGCUCCUCAACUGUGACAAAGUCUCCAACACCAGGCUGACCACAUGGCACUUCUCUCAGGUCAGACUCAUUUUUACAUCGUUUUUAAUUUUUAACAAUGGCUCAUUCUUUCAAUUUAAGUUGCUCUUAUACCGUGUUACUUGCUUACUUAUUUAUUUACUUACUCCUCUUCGUUCCCUGUAGAGCAUAGGGCCGCAACAAGCCCCUGCCAUGCCAUACCUGUGUAGGCUAACCCUGUGUAGUAACACUGUAAUAACACCACAUUGUAAGGUUCUAUGUAGGCUAACCCUGUGUAGUAACACUGUAAUAACACCACAUUAAGGUUCUAUGUAGGCUAACCCUGUGUAGUAACACUGUAAUAACACCACAUUGUAAGGUUCUAUGUAGGCUAACCCUGUGUAGUAACACUGUAAUAACACCACAUUGUAAGGUUCUGUGUAGGGUAAUCCUGUGUAGUAACACUGUAAUAUAACCACAUUGUAAGGACCUGUGAAGCGGAAAUAAAAAAUGAUAGAAGCUGCCUGGAGGUGACUGUUGCCGACAGUGAUCAGGGCCCGUAUUCAUAAAGCAUCUCAGGGUAGGAAUGCUGAUCUAGGAUCAGAUCCCCCUUGUCCAUUCAUUAUAAUGUAAAAGGCUAAACUGAUCCAAGAUCAGCACUUUUAGUCUGAGACUCUUUAUGAAUACUAUGAGGACACAUGAAGGUAGUAGCCUACUCAAUUGAGAACAUUCGAUUUCAUCUGUCCUUCAGAACGAGUCGAUCAUCAACAGAGCCACGGGCCGCUGUCUGGAGGUGAUACAUGCUAACGUUUACUUCGGACACUUGCUGGUGCUUCAGACCUGCUCCGGACAGAGGUGGAACAUCAAAAACACAAUGAAGCAGUAGCCACAGCAUGAUGCAGAAUUCUUCUUUGACCAAGAUAGUGUUAUUGUACUGAAUUGUAUCAGAUGUCAUACUGUAUUAUUAAAACAAAAAAACAUUUGUGGAUGCAAAUAACUAUUACACCAUAUGGGGUGAAUAAGUUGAUACCAUAUUAACACAUCAUGCAGCCUUUAUUGCAACAGAUUUAUUCAACUUCAAUGAUGGGAUUUCUUGAAAGGGUUUUAGCACUUCCUUUUCACCAACCCAUUAAGAUCAUAACAAAUUGAAAAUAAACAAAUAUGAAAACCCCUAAG